UAUCUUUUCUAAACAGGUUUGAGCUCCUUCCAGUCAACAAGACUGCUCGUCUUUUGAGCACGAGACAGAAUCAUCUGUACAAUUUCUCCGACGAUCUUUUUUUCUCUCUUUAUCAGGUCGUGUGGUAUGCCACUUCUGCAAUCUUAAUUUCCCUUGUCGACUGAACAGCAAUAUAAAAUGGAUCAUGUUGGCAAGGGCUGAAGCUGCUGCCCACCACCUCAUGAGGAAUGGGACCUGCUGCCUCCCCUCCUCUGUAGCCACGGGCUAACUGAGGCCCACACUGGGCCGUGGUGUGUGCCACGGGCUACAGAGGUGACAGGUGAAGCCUUCCCCCUCUUUUCUUCUUUUGCAAAGCUUCUCUUCCAUCUUAGAAGUAAUACUCAGUACUGGUCCUAAGGCAGAAGAGUAGUAAGGUCUAGGCAAUGGAGGUUCAGUGACUUGCCCAGGGUCACACAAUUGGUAAGGGUCUGAGGCCAGACUAAAGUCUGACUUUCAAUCUGCUAAAUCAUUUAGCUUCCCCCUCAUUAAAAAAGAAAAAAAGCCUUACUUUUUUGUCUUAGUAUCAAUUCUAAGACAGAGGAGUGGCAAAGAAUAGAAAAUUGGGGUUAAGUGACUUGCCUAGGGUCACACAGCUAGGAAGUGGCCAAGGCCAGAUUAGAAGCAACCUCCUCAUUUUGCAGAGAAGGAAAUGGGACCAAGAUCUUGACCAGGUCAAAGAAUUGUAAUAAGAGCAAGGGCUUAAGCCUUUCUACUUUUAUCUUCUGUCUCUUUCUCUUCCUCUUCUACUUCUACUAUUAUCUCCCUCUCUAGGGCCUCCUAGCCCUCUGAGCUUUAAACAGAGGAUGGGGUGGUCCUUCCUCAGAUUGGGGAACAAAGGAUUACUUCCUGAGGACAAAAGGGAGGAGAGGAGGGUGGGGGGAGUCAGGAGUCCAGGAUCACACUCCACCAUCAUGCUCUCGACUUUAGCACCACCAACAGAGGCCCCACUGGGCAGCUCAGGCCAGUGUCCAGUGUCAUCCUGGUAAGAGCCCUGGAGUCAGGGGACUCAGGUUCAUGUCCCAGAAUUUCUCCUAAUUCACUGUGUGCCCUGGGGUGAGGGGCUAAGGGCCAUCACUUCAUUUCUCCAGACCUCAGUUUCCCCAUCUAUAAACUGAUAGGAUUGGAUUGAGGUUUUUUUAAGCCUUUACCUUCCUUCUUAGAAUUAGUUCUAUGUAAUGGUUCUAAGACAAAAGAAUGAUAAGGACUGGGCAAUGGGGGUUAAGUGACCUGCCAAGGGUCACACUAAGCAUCGAAUUGCCCCCACUAUCUCUGGAUUUUAGUUCAGAGGCCCUGGGUUUGAAUUCUGCCUCUGCCUCUUAACCACUGGGUGACUGUGGACAAGACUCUUCUCCCCUUCAGACUUUAGUUUCCUCAUCUGUAAAAUGAGCCUCCAGCUCUGAUGUGUUCCCUGUCCUCUCCAAAAUUAAUGAAGCCCCAAAGAGGAAGGAACGUUAGCCAGAACUGGAGGAGGUGAAUGAAGGGGAGAGUCUAGAUGAGGACUGAGGGGAGGGAGAGGAGUUGAGCUCCCACUUCCCUCCCUGGUGGGAAGUCCCCUGGGGUCAGUGGUGUAUUACUGAGGCUGGCUGAGGCCCACUUCCUCUUCCUGGGGCUUGGUGCACCCUCCCCUACCCAACCAGCAGUGGCUCCCUUCCCAGCCCCUUCAGCAGUGCCAUUGGCAGUCCCAGCAGGAGAUGGGAGGAGGGGGUGUCUGCAUCUUGAGAAAGGGGAGGUCUAGUUCCUCAAGUUCUCUCAUAACCAGUACCUAUUUCAGAACUUCUCACAGUAAGGUCCAGGCAGGGUAUGCCCAUUUGACAGAUAAUGAAACUAAGACCCAGAAAAGGGAAAGGACUUGGUCAGGAUCAAGUGACUGGUCUCCUGGUCCUAUCCUCUUUCUUCUUUUUAAGGUUCUUUUAGCACUAAACUCAUUAUCAUAGCUGCCAUUUCUGUAGUACUUACUUUGGUACAUUUUAGCUCUCAAAGCUGUUUACAUGUGAGUCUCCUGAAUAGGGGAGAUAGUUCAAGAAUAAUUCUCCCCAUCAUAUAGAUGAAGAAACUGAGCCGCAGAGGAACAUAAAUCUAGAACUGAAAGGAAGCUUAGAGAUCAUCAAAUCCCACCCUUUUGUUCAACAGAGGAGGAAACUGAAGUCACACAAGCAAAAAGUGUCAGGAGUAGAAUUGGAAUCCAGGACCUGGGACUCCAAUUGAGCUGUCUCUGUGCAGGGCCCCAGAGCUGCAGUUUUUUUAUGGAGCCUAAAUAGUCAGGGCCAGGGCAGAGAGUCCAAGGAGAGGAGAGCAUGGCUGAAUCUCACCUCUGAUACCAACAAUGUGAGGGAUGAAGCUCGGCUCCUUCCUCUUCCUCUUUCUGUCUUUUGCCUUUUGUAUUCCCAGCACCUGAACCCAGUCACUGCAUGCAGAACCUCUUGCCUCUCGCGGCCAAAGGAGGCAGCUGAAUUGGAUGGGACCCUUCCAUCUACCUCAUCGCUGCCUCCAUGAUCCUCCUCUCCACUUCCCCGUCCAAGCCAAGCUGGUUCCCUCCCCUUACUAGGCUGCCCCCAGGGCUUCCAGUCUAAUUGGAGUUGGCAUGAGGAGAAGGAAAUACCGAAAAACACAAAGAAAUGGGGAAAAGGGCAGGGGGAGGGUGGAGGUUAGACCUGCAGAGUUGGCUGUGUAAGAAGCCAGGGAUGCCCCAUCCAGGAGAGAACAGUAGGCUAGAGCCCAUCCCAUUCUGGACGGAGAGUCUGGCCAUUGAAUUUGAACUGGAAGGGAACUUAGUGACUGUCUAGGACUCCCUUCAUUUUUACAGAUGAGGAAACUGAGGCGGCAAGUGCAAAGACUUCUCCAAGGUCACACAGCAAGUCUGUCAAACCCAAGACCUCCCUCUGUCAUGAGCAUUCCCUGCAGGUCGCAGGAGCCGCCUGAACAAGCCCUGUUCUGAGGGAGUGGAUGAGGGUGGGGGAGCCAGAGCCGGGUCAGAAGCAGGCCCGGCCCGGUGCAGGCUUGUCCCCUCAUUCCCCGCUUUCAGGUGGAGCCCGGGAGUUUUUUAUGUCACCGGCAGGUGGGGACAGGAGCAGCUAGGGGCACUCAAAGGUGCAAGCAGCCCGAGGGGCAGGAGCAACCAGCCAGCCAGGAGCACGCAUGGACUGACGAAAGGACCCCCGGCCAGACCUAAGGGCUGGGGUGCAGUUAGUUAGCAGAGGAGGGUGGUGACCUGCACUGGGGGAGGAGAGAGGGAGAGGAGAGGCCGGGCCAAGGGGAGGAGGAAGAGGAGGAGGAGAAGGAGGAGGGGAGGGAGAGAGAGAGAGAGACCGAGAGACCGAGAGAGGUUGGGCCAGGAAGAAGAGACUGCCUUCCUCCUUGCCUCGGGCUGGCCGUCCAGUUUAUCUGCCCGUCGGACUGGCCAGGCAGCCUCCCAUGAGCAGUCUCUAACCGGCCGGCCGCCCGCUCCAGCCCUCCAAGAUGAUGAAGAGGCAGCUAAAUCGCAUGCGGCUGCAGCUGUCCCAAACUGGCUGCUCGGGACGUGCCCAAGACACUGCAGAGUUCCUGAGCGAGGACCUGCUCCAGGUAGAACAGAGACUGGAGCCAGCCAAGCGGGCUGCUCACAAUGUCCACAAGAGGCUGCAGGCCUGCUUGCAGGGCCAGAGUGGAACAGACAUGGAAAAGCGUGUGAAGAAAUUGCCACUCAUGGCUCUGUCUCACACGAUGGCUGAGAGCAUCAAAGAGAUGGAUCCUGAUUCUAGCAUGGGGAAGGCACUGGAGAUUAGCUGUUCCAUCCAGAGUCAGCUAGCUCGGGUCUUGGCGGAAUUUGAGAUGGCCCUGGAGAGGGAUGUCCUCCAGCCCCUCAACCGGCUGAGUGAGGAGGAGCUCCCAUCCAUUCUCAAGCACAAAAAAACCCUUCAGAAAUUGGUAUUGGACUGGAAUGCCUUGAAAUGCAGGCUCAGUCAGAUGGCCAAAACUUCAAGCCUUGGACCAGGUAUAGGGGGCCCUGGGGGUCAUAAUGCCACAACCAAUAAGCUGGAGACCCUGAAGGAAGAGGAGGAAGAACUAAAGAGGAAGGUAGAGCAGUCCAAGGAUGAGUAUCUGUCGGAUCUCUAUCACUUUGCUACGAAGGAAGACAGCUACGCCAACCACUUCAUCAAUCUGCUGGAGCUGCAGGCCAAUUACCACCGAAAGUCUUUAAGCUCAUUGGACACAGCCUUGGCUGAGCUGAAGGAGAGUCAUGGCCACUCAGAUAGCAGCAGCCGGCUGUCAGAUGCUCCCUCCACCCAAGUGUUUGGGGUGGCCCUGAAGACCCAUCUCCAGGAAAUGGGCCGGGACAUUGCCUUGCCUCUGGAGGCCUGUGUGUUGAUGCUUCUGUCUGAAGGCAUGAAGGAAGAGGGCCUCUUCCGCCUGGCAGCAGGGGCCUCCGUGCUCAAGAAACUGAAGCAGACAAUGGCUCUCAAUCCCAGCAGCCUGGAGGAAUUCUGCUCUGACCCUCAUGCUGUUGCUGGGGCCCUCAAGUCCUACCUCCGAGAGCUUCCUGAGCCUCUUAUGACAUUUGAGCUCUAUGAAGAUUGGAUGAGAGCUGCCAAUCUGAAGGAGCCAAUGGCCCGACUUGAGGGUCUCCGAGAAGUCUGUGGGAAACUGCCCAAGGAGAAUCUCAACAACCUGAGGUACUUGAUCAAGUUCCUAGCCAGGCUGGCCAAAGAGCAAGAGGUGAACAAGAUGACUCCAAGCAACAUCGCCAUUGUCCUGGGGCCCAACCUGCUGUGGCCCCCCACGAGGGAUGGGGACCAGGCUCAGUUGGACACAGCCUCAGUGUCCUCUAUCCAGGUAGUGGGUGUGGUGGAGGCAUUGAUCCAGAACUCAGACACUCUCUUCCCAGGAGAUAUCGACUUCAAUGUCUCGGGCUUAUUCACUCCCCCCACUACCCUGUAUCAACCCCACCCCCAAGAGAAGGUGGCCGACAGUCCCAAAUCAGAAGAAUUUUCAGCCACGGCACCCUCUCCAGCAGCCAAGGAAGGCAAGGUAGAGUCUGAACCUCCACCAAGGCCUGCCUCCCCAAAGGUCAGCAGGAACCCCAUAGAAGUUUCUGGAUCAGCCGAGGAUACAACCCGAAAAACCAAACGCCCAGCCCCUGCCAGACCUAUGGUGCCUCCACCCCAGGUCUCAAAUCCCCGAUCUUCACCCCCAACCCUUCCCUCUUCAGCUCCAACCCCAGGACAACCUCAGUGCCAGCCCCAGCCUCAGCCCCAGGCCCAGACCUCUACUCCAGGGAGUCCAGCUACUCCCAGGGCCCUUCCCCGUCGGCAGGCAGGCAGCAAUAUUAAGGCCCCCUCUGUGCCACCCCCAUUGCCUCCUCAACCUCCCCAGCCCGUUCGUCGCCUAAGCCGACCCUCUCCUGCUUCCCCCAACCCCGCCCUCAACCCUGAUGCUGAGACGGAAGUUCCCAGGGAGCCCAGAAGCUCUGAGGGGGGAAGCUGUGCAGCCCAAGGAGGAGUCACCAUUCCUCCGCAGCCCCGGCCUAGGACUCUUGCCUCAGAGACUGACUAAGCCAGGAGCAGCCGACCGAGCAAUGGCCGGCCACCUCCUCCCCUCAUGGUGCGCUGCCCAUCCGCUCCCCCAUUGCGCCUUCUGUUCUCUGGGACCUCUGUUCCUUCGGUCUCACCCUUGCCCCCAUCCCAUCUGGGAGCUCCAGUGACUCAGCCUUUAACUGCCCACUAGAGAGGAUGGAAAUUUCCCAGCCACACACAAGUGCCUCUGGCCCUAGCUCCAGCUGGGCUGGUCCCCUGCCUCGGGAGCUGAGGAGGAGCCCGGGCCCCUUCCGUCUCCCUCUUCUUCGGACGCGCCUGGAUCUGGGCAUCCAGGGCCUCCCUCCCCAUUGCCUGGCCGGGCCCCGGGCAGGGAGGGAAAGAAGAGGAACUGAGAGGGCCUUUAGUUUGACUUCACUGAGAGAGCAGCUAUUUUUCUUUCCUGGAAAUGUUUUGGGGGGGUUUUGUGUUUUUUUGGUACGGCUUGUAAAUUAUUUUGGAUUAAACUGGAGCACACUCAG